AUGGGCGUCGACAUGUCUAAUCCACCCAAUUCUCAUAUCAAAGACUUCUUUGCUUCUCCUGCUCUUUCUCUUAGUCUCGCUGGAAUAUUCCGGGGCGCAAAUGUGGGCACUGCAGCAGCGGCGGCAAGCGUGGAGGUGGAGGUGGAGGAGGGGGACGAAGGGAGUGGAGGAGGGAGAAGAGAAGAAACGGUGGAAGUUAGUAGUGAGAACUCAGGGCUUGUGAGAUCAAGAUCAGAUGAUGAUUUUGAAGGUGAAGGAGAACAUGAUCAUGAGGAUGAUAAUGAUGGUGAUGACAAACACAAGAAGAAAAAAGAAAGAAAUACCAUAGACACACCGCUGAGCAAAUCAGAGAAAUGGAAGCGUAUGCUAUUUAAGGAGUCUCCUCAUCCAGAUGAGAAGCAAAGGCAGCAAUUAAGCAAGCAACUAGGCCUUGCUCCUAGACAAGUCAAGUUUUGGUUCCAAAAUCGCCGUACGCAAAUCAAGGCUAUACAAGAGCGCCAUGAAAAUUCUCUACUGAAAUCUGAAAUGGAUAAACUCCGAGAUGAAAACAAGAGCAUGAGGGAGGCCAUCAACAGAGCUUGCUGCCCAAAUUGUGGCACCGCUACCACGAGUAGAGACUCUUCCUUAACAACCGAUCAGGAGAAACAAUUACGUAUCGAAAAUGCAAAACUCAAAGCCGAGGUAGAAAAACUUCGAACAGUGGUGGGAAAGUUUAGUCCAGGUGCAACAGCCUCAUGCUCAGCUGGAAAUGAGCAAGAGAUUAGCAGAAGUUCACUAGAUUUUUACACUGGAAUUUUCGGACUCGACAAGGCUAGAAUCCUGGAGACUGCUAAUCAAGCAAUGGAAGAGCUCAAGAAAAUGGCUACAGCAGGCGAACCACUUUGGAUUCGAAGUGUUGAGACAGGUCGUGAAAUUCUCAACUACGAUGAGUACACGAAAGAGUUUGGUUCUGAAAAUUCAAGCAUUAAUGGAAGGCCAAAGAGAUCCAUCGAGGCUUCAAGAGAGACCGGGGUUGUGUUUGUGGAUCUGCCAAGGCUAGUCCAAAGUUUUAUGGAUGUGAAUCAGUGGAAGGAAAUGUUUCCAUGCUUAAUUUCAAAGGCAGCCACUGUUGAUGUUAUGUGCAAUGGUGAAGGUGCAAGUAGAGAUGGCGCGGUGCAAUUGAUGUUUGCUGAGGCCCAAAUGCUAACGCCCAUGGUGCCCACCAGAGAAGUUUAUUUUGUCAGAUAUUGCAAGCAACUUAACGCAGAGCAAUGGGCCAUCGUUGAUGUUUCUAUUGAUAAAGUUGAAGACAAUAUUGAUGCUUCCCUCGUCAAAUGCAGAAAACGCCCCUCUGGUUGCAUCAUCGAGGAUAAAUCAAAUGGCCAUUGUAAGGUGAUCUGGGUGGAACAUAUGGAAUGCCAGAAGAGCACAGUUCAUACCAUGUACCGGACAUUUGUUCAUAGCGGUCUAGCAUUUGGUGCAAGGCACUGGAUGGCAACAUUGCAACUCCAAUGUGAACGGCUUGUUUUCUUCAUGGCAACCAACGUUCCCACUAAGGAUUCAACUGGUGUUGCUACUCUUGCUGGAAGGAAAAGCAUACUGAAACUGGCACAAAGAAUGACAUGGAGCUUUUGUCGAGCAAUCGGAGCAUCAAGCUAUCACACAUGGAACAAGGUCCCAAGCAAAACAGGAGAAGACAUAAGGAUUUCCUCUAGGAAAAACUUAAAUGACCGUGGUGAACCUCUUGGAGUGAUAUUGUGUGCAGUUUCUUCUGUGUGGUUGCCUGUCGCUCCUCAUGUUCUGUUUGAUUUCUUAAGAGACGAAGCUCGUAGAGAUGAGUGGGAUAUCGUGUCAAAUGGAGGACCUGUUCAAGCCAUUGCUAACUUAGCCAAAGGACAAGAUAGAGGCAAUGCAGUAACUAUUCUGAAUAUGAAAUCAAAAGAGAACAGUAUGUGGGUACUCCAAGAUAGCUGCACAAAUGCUUACGAAUCCAUGGUAAUGUAUGCUCCAGUGGACACUAAUGGAAUGCAAUCUGUGAUAACUGGAUGUGAUUCAAGCAACCUAGCAAUAUUACCUUCAGGAUUCUCGAUUCUUCCAGACGGCCACGAAUCAAGGGCGUUAGUGAUCACUUCUAGGCAAGAGGAGAAGAGCACAGAAGGGGGGUCUUUGCUAACAAUAGCAUUCCAAAUCCUUACGAAUACCUCUCCCACAGCCAAACUAACCAUGGAAUCUGUGGAUUCUGUUAGCACACUUAUAUCAUGCACAUUGAAAAAUAUCAAGACAAGCUUGCAAUGUGAAGAUAGUUGA